AUGUCAUCUAAUAAUAUUGUAUUACCACAUGAAAUUAUUCGUUUGAUUUUAUUAUAUUGUCAAACACCAAAGGAUUAUCUAUCACAAUCGUUAAUUAAUCGUCAAUGGUCUUAUGAAGCUCUUCGAUUGAAAUCACUUAUGAAAAAACGUUUUACACGUAAGAUUGAAAUACUGAAUGUUCGAUUUAUCAUGUGGAAUAUAGAUGCACGUGUAAGUGUUAUUGGUUAUGGUCAACAUCUUCAACGUCAUGGUUUAGAAGAAUGUGUACAAACAGAUCAUCGUGUUGGUGGACCUAGUUCAUCGGUUUACUAUUUAGAACGACAUUGGCAAGAAGGUAAAUUACAUGGAUUAGAAAUACUUCGCGAGAUCAAUGAAAUUUGGUAUACUAACUAUUAUCAAAAACAAGAGAAAGUAGCAGAUAUAAAUAUUAUUCAUCCAUAUGAGUGUUUAGAAGCAGUUGAUUCAAUGAAAAAAUAUGGAAGACAUCAAAUAGUACCAAAAGAUAGUGUAUUACCAGAAGGAUGUGAUUAUCUUGGCAGGAUCAUAUUUAAAUAUCAAUGGACAUCGGGCACAUUAGAAGAAAGUCAACAAUUACAACGAGAUUCAAUAGAUGAAUAUGAUCAAACAGAAUUCAGUAGUCUAUAUGAUUUUAUUCAUAGUGUUGAUUUACACCAUGCAUGUUUGUCGUUGUUACCUAUGUGA